CGCAGAUAAUCGAAGGGUUCCUCACUUGCUACCAUCUUGAAGCCGGUGCAGCUGCGGGAAGAGUCGUGUCAACUCUUCUUCGGUUACUGUCACUUCUUCUAAUUUCAGGCUCCUUGGAGAGGACACAGUAUGCAUCAAAAGCAGAGAAUGAGUUCUCAGCUACCUCUCCAGCACUGUGUCUGCCUGCGUGCCACCAUGCUGCCCACUCUAACAAUGGACUAAAGCUCUGAAACUUCUUGCACGUGGCAGAGAGACACCGGCUACUUAAGAAUGUUGCCGAUCACUUCUCUGACUUUUGGGACUGGAGAGAUGGCUCAGUGGUUAAGAGCACUGACUGUUCUUCCAAAGAUCCUGAGUUCAAAUCCCAGCAACCACAUGGUGGCUUACAACUUGUAAUGAGAUCUGAUGCCCUCUUCUGGUGCGUCUGAAGACAGCUACAGGGAGCCUGUGACCUUUGAGGAUGUGGCUGUGAACUUCAGCCUAGGAGAGUGGGCUCUGCUGGAUUCCAGUCAAAAGAAGCUCUACAGAGAUGUGAUGACGGAGACCUUUAUGAAUCUGAUCUCCAUAGGGAAAACAGAGGAAAAAGAAAAUAUUGAAGACAACUACCAAAAUCUCAGGAAAAAUGUGAGGACCUGGGUUGAAUGUUCAGUUGGCUCAUUUAUAUUUACAAAUUCUCACAGAAGCAAAAUCAGUCGUGCCGUUCGUCCUCCCUCCUCCAGGUUCUUUGUCUAUGGCCCAGAACUCUGGUGGCUGAGAGGAGUUGUGACUACGGAGAUGUCAGUCAGUGUGGAGAAACCCGGCAACGGAUUCCAGAGUGUAUCAUUCGUAGAGACACGCCUCCUGAAAUAUCAGUGUGUAAAAACAGUGUGCUUGCUAGAGACAUCCUUGUUCAUUCCCUCUCAGAAGUGCACCUCAGAUGUGAAACUGCAGAGAAACCCUGUGGGUCUCAGGAAUAUGUGAAGUGUUGCAAAGAGUCUACUUCUUCUGAGUCCUUUCAGACAAAGCAAAGUCCUCCUCGAGAGACACCCUAUCAAAAUAAGCAAUCUAAUGAAGCCUAUAGGAGUCUUAAUUCUGACCGGUAUUGUGAGCAAAUUCACACUGGAGAUAAACUCCGUGAAUGGAAGCAAGUUGAGAAAGCCUUCUGGAGGUACAGUUACGGUCAAAUAUAUGAGAGAAUCACCAUUGGAGAGGAACCAUUUGUGUGUAAGCAGUAUGGUGAAGCCUUGGUUAAUUCUAGUCAUCUUAUUAAACAUGAAGUAAUUAGCCCUGAAGAAAAAUGUUACACAUGUAAGCAGUGUGGGAAGGCAUUCAGAUAUUCCUCAUCCCUUCAGAACCAUGAAAGAAUCCAUAGCGGGGAGAGGCCAUAUGUAUGUAAGCAAUGUGGAAAAACCUUCAUUCGUUCCUAUGACCUUCUUAUCCAUGAAAGAAUUCACAGUGGAGAAAAACCUUACACGUGUGAGCAUUGUGGAAAAUCUUUCACCCAUUAUAGCGGCUGGUACAGUCAUGAAAGGAUUCACACUAGAGAGAAACCCUAUGUGUGCACACAGUGUGGGAAAGCCUUUUCAUGCUCUACAUCGUUCCGGAGGCAUGAAAGAAUUCACACUGGAGAGAAACCUUACUCCUGUAAGCACUGUGGGAAAGCCUUCACCCAUUCCAGUGCUCGUUACAUUCAUGAGCGAAUUCACACCGGAGAGAAACCCUACGUUUGUAAGCACUGUGGAAAAGCAUUCCUCCGUGCCAGUCAUCUCAACAACCAUGAGAGAAUUCACACUGGAGAGAAACCCUAUAUUUGUAAGCAUUGUGGGAAAGCCUUCAUCCAGCGCGAUGCUUGUUAUAAUCACGAAAGAAUUCACACUGGAGAGAAACCAUAUGUAUGUAAGGAAUGUGGAAAAGCAUUUAGGAUUUCCACAUCCCUUCGUGACCAUGAGAGAAUUCACACUGGAGAAAAACCUUACAUAUGUAAUUAUUGUGGGAAAGCAUUUAGGGUCUCCACAUGCCUUCACAAACAUGAACGAGCUCAUGCUGAAAAGAAACCCAGUGGGUAGAACUGAAGCCCAUAUAGAUCUUUGAUCAACUGUCAGGAAAAGUGUAUGCAGGGUCAGUCAGAUGGCUCAGGGAUAAAAGCACUUGCCCUAAGCUUGGUAGCCAUAGUUGGAACCUCAGAACCCAUGUGAAGAGAGAGAACUGAAUUUCCAAGGUUUGCCUCUGACUUGUACAUAUGUGCUGUCAUUUGCAUGCAUACCCUCACAUAGAUGUAUAAAGAAAUAGGAUAAUUUAAAAUACCUUUUUAAAUUUUGUUUUGUUUUGAGACAGGGUUUCACUGUGCAGCCCCUUGGUUGUCCUGCAACUCACUCUGCAGACCAGGCUGGCCUUAAACUCAGAGGUCCCCCUGCCUCUGCCUUCCGAGUGUUGAGAUUAAAAGUGUGCACGUCCCUGCUGCCUAGCUUUAAGAUCAUUUUAAUGUUGCUUUUGAUUUGUAGUUAUUUGUAGUUAUGUGUGGGUAUGUGCAUGUGAGGGCUGGAGCACACAGCAGUCAGAGGCAUCACAUUCCCCAGGAGCUGGAGUUACAGGAGCCGGUGAGGUGUCCCAUGUGACGGCUGGAAAUCCAGCUUGGGUCCUCCGGAGAGCAGUAUAUUCUGAGCCAUCUUUCUAGUCUCAUAGGUGUAAUUAAAGACAAAUUGGGAAAGAAAUAGCUGGAAUAGACCUUAAGAUGUGUAAAUUUGGACACAUAUGAAAUGUGAUGUUGGAUAAAAACGAGUUCCAUCAAAUGUGCUAAGGCACUUUUUUUUGGAAAUUAUAUUUAAUAUAAAUUAUGAACACAGUUCAUGAACAUUACAUAGGUGUGUGUGCAUGGUGUCCACAUGCCAGUGUGCAUGUGGAAUUGGACAGCUUUCAGAGGUCUGGUCUGUUCUUUUCUCUCUGUAGGCCCUAAGAAGGAACUCAGGCUGCUUUUGAAACAGGCGCCUUACCCUGCUGGGCAGUCUUGCUGUCCCUGCCUCAUGCCAUUUACUCAUUGGAGAAGGAGAUGCUAGAAAAUUGCAAAAUUGAAUACAGUGGAUUUGCACACACCUGGGAGGGUUAAGAACUCAUUCCAACCAAUAAAAAAAAAUUCAGCAUUAAAAAUAAUGUAAGUUGUAUGUUGUCUCAAAUAAGGUGAAAGGGAAUUCUCUCCUGUGUGUUGUAAAAGCAAGAAAACUGAGCACUCCAAAUAAAUGCUUCCCUUUGAAAGUCUGAUUUUGUGGAAUUUGUGCAUUUUGCCUAUCAUUUCUGCUGUUUGGAAAAACCAAGGUUAGAAAAUCCUAUCUCAAUGACAGUAGCAGCAGUAUACACUACAUGUAUUGAAGUCAUGUUUUUUAGUUUGAUAAAUCAAUUUUUUGUACUGAAAUAAGUUCUCACAAUGUAGACUAGGCUGGAUGAUAUUAAAGGUGUGUGCUACUGA